CAUAAUCCUGCCUUCGUCUCCAGGACAGUCACUCGUUUCACUCUCCGCUGUCGUCCCAAGUCUCUUGCUCCGUCUUGUCUUCCGACAUCACUCGCGCGGCCGAGUAUACCCAUCACAACAAGUGCUACCCGCCUUCCCGAGCGACCUCCUUUGCGCAGCCUCGCCGCAGAUGCGAUAGGCAACCCACACGCUGUACAGCACAUCCGCACAUCUGAUCACGACAAUGGCCUCGCGAUUCAAUCCCGGCAAGCUGUUCAUCCGAACGCGCUUCAACUACGAAAAGGUGCCCGGCCAGGACAGCCAGGCCUCAUCACCGCUGCCGCUCUUCAGCAGCAAGUCAUGGGGCAAGAAGUACAGCCAACCCGCCUGGGCCAACCGCCUCCAGCGCCCACGACUAUCUUUCGCGCGUCUCAUCACACUCGCCGUGACCAUCGUGUUGCUGGCUUCGAUGCUGGGCACGGGCAUCUACAGGCGGCACAGGUGGAACCACCAGCACCAACCUGGCGAUGAGCGGAAACAGUACCACUGGGAGCACUACCCACGGUUAAAUGGCUUCUUCAACGGCGUUCGCACGCUCGUUCCCUACGGUGACUGGGUGUCUGAGCAGGACUUUGUCAAGUACUCGCAAAGCCCCAACCCAGAAGACAACAUCAAGCCAAAGUGGCCGCACAUGUCCAAGGAAGACAAGGAGCCACCGCUCGAGAUGCAACCUUUCGACCCGUACAAAUUCGACUCGCCCGAGUACCUCAAGGAGCACGACGAGGUAAAGCAAUGCUAUCUCGAUGAGGAGGAGACUGUCGAUCUCCCCGACAUCUACGCCUAUCCCGGUAUUCCUCAGAACAUGACUGCGCCUUUCUUCGGUUCCUACGAGGAGCUUGGCUUCGAUGACAAGAAGUGUUUCGACCGCUUCGGUCGUCUUGGUCCCUAUGGCUACUCGUACUCUCGCGAUGAGGGUGGUCUUGACAUGGACGGCAAGUCUGAAAAGGCUGGUGCUGAUAAGCUCUGGAGCUACGAAAAGAAGGUCGACUACCGCAAGGUCAAUUGGGCGUCUGCCAUGAAGCGAUGCCGCGAGAAGAACGCCCACCGCUUCAAGAAGAACACAACUGACGAGAGUGCACCUGCAAAGAAGAAGGUGCCCCGUCACGCCUACGUCCUUCGCACCUGGACCGGUUACAAGUACAGCGACUACCAGAUUCUUACUCUGCGCGCCAUGAUCAACGAGCUCGCGCUCAAAUCUGGGGGCGAGUACGAUGUCCACUUCCUACUCCACGUCAAAGAUGAUAGCCUUCCUAUCUGGUCUUCUGAGGAGAUUUACCAAAAGGUCAUUGAAGACAACUUGCCCAAGGAGUUCUGGGGCAUGGCAACUCUCUGGUCCGAGCAGCAGAUGCGCAUGUACUACCCAGAGCCCUUCCCUAACAACGUUUACAACCACGCCAAAGCUCCCGUUCACUCUGUGUACCGCAGCGCUCACUUUGCGAUGCAAUGGUUCGCUCAGGCUCGUCCCGAGUACGACUUCUACUGGAACUGGGAGAUGGAUCUCCGUCUCAGCGGUCACUACUACGAGUUCCACAACCAGAUUGGCGAAUGGGCCAAGAAGCAACCCCGCAAGGGUCUGUGGGAGCGAUCAUCCCGCUACUACAUUCCUGAGCUCCACGGCUCUUGGAAGAACUUCACCGACACGGUCGAGGAGGAGCUUUACAACAGCGAUGAGAAGCCUGUUUGGGGCCCGCCCAAGUUCGAGAACACCGGCAUGCUUCCCAGCCCUCCCGAGACCGAGCCCCCGCAUUCAUACUCUCAGGACAACUACGAGUGGGGUGUUGGUGAAGACGCCGACAUAAUCACAUUCAACCCAAUCUUUGACCCGGCCAAGACCAACUGGGUGUUCCGCGACGAUGUCACAGGUUACGACCUCGAGCUUCCAGAGCCUCCGCGACGAUGUGCCAUUAUUACUGUCUCGCGCCUGUCAAAACGUCUACUAGAUCUCAUGCACCGCGAAACAUACUUGAUGAAGCACCACAUGUUCCCUGAAAUGUGGCCACCAACAGUCGCAUUCCACCACGGCCUCAAGGCCGUCUACGCUGCACACCCCGUGUACCUUGACCACAACUGGCCGCUCGAGGCUCUCGACGGCACUUUCAACAAGCCCCCAAAGCCAACUGACAGCGUUUUCGGCUGGGGUGAGCACAACCAGCUCGGCACCAGCUUCUACUACAACGCCGGUUUCUCAUCCGAGUGGUGGCGGAGAUGGCUCGGCUCCCGCGAGAACGACAAGGGCGGCCCAGUUGAAGAAGAGAACGGCACCGGCCGGUUAUGCAUGCGCAACACACUCUUCCACCCUGUCAAAUACGAGAAGGGAUCUGAGUGAUUUUCCAAGCUUCGCAAAUAUACCCCUUUAAUUGCUGGCUUUCUGGGUUUCCUUGUUAGUUGCUGUGUUUGCCGGUGCCGCAGACGUGCUUGUUGAUAGAUUCUCCUUCCCUCUCUUUUCCUGGUUUUCGCGUAUUCAGCGCUCACUUAACAACUGUGGCGUUUUCAACAUCGGGCGGCGUACAUUGGCGUCUUCUUUCAUGAAUGAACAUACAGUUCUUGUUUUUCGAUUUCGUCUCUCCGGUACUACAUACUCGAGCACCGGAUUGUCUUAUUUUUCUCGGUGUAUACUUCACACGAACAAAAG